AUUUAGCUCUUAAUACUUCUAAUAUUAAUGCAGAAGGUAAUACUAUUGUUUCUGAUAUUUAUAUUGAACAAGUAAUAUAUUGGCUUAAAACAAAUUAUCUAACAAUUACUGCUGAAAAAUCAAAAGUUAAAGAAAUAAUUAAACAACAAUUCUUUCAAAGUUUUUUAUUUGAUAAUAAAUUAGAAGUAAGAUAUAUUGGUCUUAAAAAUCUGAUUUCUAUUUUAUUACCAAAAUUAGAACAAAAUGAAAAACAAAAAACUGAAUUGAUAUUAAAAAAGUAUAAUUCAAAUUCUUAUUUAGUUAUUUCUUAUUUACAAUCUAUAGCUAAUACAAAAGAUCUUUAUAUAACAAAUAAUACAGAUAUGACUAAAAAAGAAAUUGAAAACUUUAUAAAAUCUAUAAUAAUAUCUACACAAACUCAAUUUGUCUUAUAA